CCUCUGGGCGGGCCCAUCGGGCCGCGCCCUCCGGGGGGGGGUUCCUGUUCCUGUUCGUGUCGUUCCUGAGUCGGAAGUGGCGCGUGAGGCCGGUGCGCGGGAGCGGAGCCACCAUGAGCCUCCUGAACAAGCCCAAGAGCGAGAUGACGCCGGAGGAGCUGCAGAAGCGGGAGGAGGAGGAGUUCAACACGGGGCCCCUCUCGGUCCUCACGCAGUCGGUGAAGAACAACACCCAGGUCCUCAUCAACUGCCGCAACAACAAGAAGCUCCUGGGACGCGUCAAGGCCUUCGACAGGCACUGCAACAUGGUGCUGGAGAACGUGAAGGAGAUGUGGACCGAGGUGCCCAAGAGUGGGAAGGGGAAGAAGAAGUCCAAACCCGUCAAUAAGGACCGGUACAUCUCCAAGAUGUUCCUACGUGGAGACUCCGUCAUCGUUGUCCUGCGCAACCCCCUCAUUGCUGGGAAGUAGGGAUCCCCCCCCCCCGGGAUGGGAUGGUCCCAUCCGGGGUGGAUGAACCCCCCUGGAUUCCCUUAGGGUUGCCUGGAAUCUCUUAGGAUUACCUGGACCCCCCCCCAUCAGAUUGCAAAGAGCCUUCCAGAAUUCCCUGGAACCCAUCUUGGGAUGGGAUGAACCCGCCUGGAUUGCUUGGGACCCCCUUUGGGAUGGGAUGAACCCCCCUGGAUUGCUUGGGACCCCUCUUGGGAUGGGAUGAACCCCCCUCCAGAUUCUCUGUUACCCCCCACGAUCCUCUGGGACCCCCACAGGAUUCCCUGGAACCCCCCCUGGAUUCCAUGGAACAGCCCCAGGAUUGUUUGAAUCCCCCAUAUUCCCUGGAACCCCCCCCAAUAUGGGUUGAACCCCCCCCCCACAUACCCUGGACCCACACUGGGGCUCCACACUCCAACCUCAGGCCAUACCAGGACCCCCCCCCCAUCUCCCUAUGGGGACCCCCAACACCUUGUCCCCCCCCAGGCUCUCACAUAAGGGUUCUUGCCCCCCCCGGGGGUAUUUGGGGGGGUCCUCUCUGUGUGUGUGUGUGUGUGUCCAUAGGCAAUAAAGCCGGUUCGUUCCUUC